CCAGGAUUCUUGCCCUGCAGCCGCGGCGCCAAGGUGCUGUCCAGGAAGCGGAGCACGCUCGGAGUUGCUGAACCCCAAUACUCCAGAAGUCAUCAGACUCAGGUCACAAUGCUGCUUGGGGCAUCUCUGGUGGGCACCCUGCUGUUCUCCAAGUUGGUACUGAAACUGCCCUGGACCCAAGUGGGGUUCUCUCUGCUGCUCCUUUACCUGGGGUCUGGUGGCUGGCGCUUCGUCCGCAUCUUUUUCAAGACCAUCAGGCGCGAUAUCUUUGGUGGCAUGGUACUCCUGAAGGUGAAGGGCAAGGUGCGGCGGUACCUGCGGGAGAAGCAGACGGUGCCCGGUUUGUUCGCCACUACAGUACGGCGCCACCCUGACAAGACAGCCCUGAUCUUUGAGGGCACAGACGCCCACUGGACCUUCCGUCAGCUGGACGACUACUCAAACCGCGUGGCCAACUUCCUGCAGGCCCAGGGGCUGGCCUCGGGCGAUGUGGCUGCCCUGUUCAUGGAGAACCGCAACGAGUACGUGGGGCUGUGGCUGGGCAUGGCCAAGCUGGGCGUGGAGGCAGCGCUCAUCAACACUAACCUCCGGAGGGAUGCCCUGGGCCACUGCCUGACCACUUCCCGGGCCCGGGCCCUCAUCUUUGGCAGCGAGAUGGCUCCAGCCAUCCGUGAGAUCCACGCCAACCUGGACUCCUCGAUGAGCCUCUUCUGCUCCGGCUCCUGGGAGCCCAGUGAAGUCCCCACCAGCACCAAGCACCUGGACCCCCUGCUAGAAGCCGCCCCCACGUACCUGCCCAGUGCCCCUGACAAGGGCUUCACAGAUAAGCUCUUCUACAUCUACACGUCGGGCACCACUGGGCUGCCCAAAGCUGCCAUCGUGGUGCAUAGCAGGUACUACCGCAUGGCUGCCCUGGUCUACUACGGAUUCCGCAUGCGGCCAGAUGACAUUCUGUACGACUGCCUCCCCCUCUACCACUCGGCAGGCAACAUCGUGGGAGUGGGGCAGUGCCUGCUGCAUGGCCUGACAGUGGUGAUCCGGAAGAAGUUCUCUGCCUCCCGGUUCUGGGACGACUGUCUCAAGUACAACUGUACCAUUGUGCAGUACAUCGGCGAGCUGUGCCGCUACCUCCUCAACCAGCCCCCGCGGGAGGCAGAGAGCCAGCACCGGGUGCGCAUGGCGUUGGGCAACGGGCUCCGGCAGUCCAUCUGGACCAGCUUCUCCAGCCGCUUCCACAUCCCUCAGGUGGCCGAGUUCUACGGGGCCACCGAGUGCAACUGCAGCCUGGGCAACUUCGACAGCCAGGUGGGGGCCUGUGGUUUCAACAGCCGCAUCCUGUCCUUUGUGUACCCCAUCCGGCUGGUGCGCGUCAACGAGGACACCAUGGAGCUGAUCCGCGGGCCGGACGGUGUCUGCAUUCCCUGCCAGCCAGGUGAACCAGGCCAGCUGGUGGGCCGCAUCAUCCAGAAGGACCCCCUCCGCCGCUUUGACGGCUACCUGAACGAGGGUGCCAGCAACAAGAAGAUCGCCCAGGACGUCUUCAACAAGGGGGACCAGGCCUACCUCACUGGCGACGUGCUGGUGAUGGAUGAGCUGGGCUACCUGUACUUCCGAGACCGCACGGGGGACACGUUCCGAUGGAAAGGGGAAAACGUGUCCACCACUGAGGUGGAAGGCACGCUCAGCCGCCUGCUGGACAUGGCCGACGUGGCCGUGUACGGCGUGGAGGUGCCAGGGACUGAGGGCCGAGCUGGAAUGGCCGCUGUGGCCAGCCCCACCGGCGCCCAGGACCUGGAGCACUUUGCGGAGGCUCUGGAAAAGGAGCUGCCCUUGUACGCCCGCCCCAUCUUCCUGCGUUUCCUGCACGAGCUGCACAAGACAGGGACCUACAAGUUCCAGAAGGCGGAUCUGCGGAAGGAAGGCUUUGAUCCCGCCGUGGUGAAAGACCCUCUGUUCUAUCUGGACAGCAGGAAGGGCCGCUACGUCCCGCUGGACCAAGAAGCCUACACCCGCAUCCAGGCAGGCCAGGAGAAGCUGUGAUGUGCCCGGCAUCCCUCCGAGGGCUGGCAGAUGUCCUGGGUGACACCAGACCAAAGCAAGCAGGGCCCAGCACCUCCACCCCGAGGUGCUGACCCCUCCCCCCGAAAACUGCCAAGUGACUGAUCACUGCCGCCUUCCCCAUGCCCCAGAGGUUUUCCGUGAAAGCCUCACCUCCACGUUCUGCCGUCUCCGAGGCUAGGAGGGCCUCCGGGAAAGGACCAGGGGUCACCAUGCUCUCCCCUGAGAGUAGGCAUUUGUAAGUGGGACCAGGGCAGAAGCCCCAACUCAGGGAGCCAGCAGAGUGGGCAAGGGCAGCAGUGGUCCAGCCGAUCAGGUGGCCAGAGAGGUCCAGGGGUCAUUCCGCCCUGGUCAUGCCUCUAGGAGGAGGAGCUGUGAGGCCCCAGCUGUGGCGGGACACCCAGAGAGAGCACCUUCCCUCUGCCCAUCAGCCUCCUCUGCCUGGCUGUGUCUGUAGGUCUGUCUUGUCACCCUCUCCCUCUCCAACCCAGCCUGGCUCAGAGGAGUAGGGGGAGGAAUGGGGUGGGAGGCUCAGGGCCAAUAAACUCUGCCUUGACUCCCCCAA